UAUUAUGCUACUGAAGGAGAAAACAAAGCUUCUAAAACAUAAAGCAAGUAGUAAAACACCUCUGGAAAAGCAGAGUUUUCGAUAAUGUCGGUAUUUCAGAUCUUGCGCUGCAAUAGCAGUGCCACGAGUGGUUUGUCUUAUAUGUUCACUUCCAUCCAUCGUGUUAUUAUCAUUGAGUAACACAAAGUAAUAAUUAUAAUUUUGAACAAGUGUGGUAGAUAUUUACCGUGACUUUAUCUUUGAAGUGUAAUGAACUCUAAUUUGCUAUUUUAUCUAUCAUAAAUGAAGAAGAUCGUAAUUUUAUACGAACCGUGAUAACAUUAUGAAAAUUGUGCACACUUUUUAUUAUUAAUUUCUUCAUAACAAAGAUUAAUGGUGACACAUAAGCAACGAUUACCAAGAAUGAACAGUAAGAUUCCUUUGUUAUCUGAAACCAUGAUAUUACGUGCCUUUGUGUCUUUACUUUCGUUCGACUAGCAGUUACAAAUUCAGUAAUAUUAUUAAAAAUGACAUGGACACAUUAUCAAUGUGUAUUAGCAGUUCUUAUGGUUAUUACCGGAUCGUUUAAUACUUUGACUGUGAAAUACGCUGAUCAGCAAGUUGUGCCUGGCGAAGAUGGUCAGCCAAGACAUUUUAAUCAUCCUUUUAUGCAAUCUUCCUUCAUGUUCAUCGGUGAAAUGAUGUGUCUUGCAGUAUUUAAAAUCGCUUAUUAUUACUAUAGCCGCAGAGGCGAUAAUUCUAUAGAUAAUCCUUUAACUAGAGGAUCUCAAGUGUUUAACCCCUUUAUUUUACUUAUCCCUGCAUUAUGCGAUACGUUCGCUACUUCUAUUAUGUAUGUGGGUCUAAAUAUGACGUACGCGAGUAGUUUUCAAAUGCUACGCGGUGCUGUUAUUAUAUUUACGGCCAUACUUUCAAUGGGUUUCCUUAAUAGAAGAUUAGGUAGUCGAGAAUGGAUAGGUAUAGGAAUGGUUAUAGUCGGUUUAGCUCUUGUUGGACUCAGUGAUAUAAUAACUAUGGAAGAUGCGAAUAAUAGCAUAAACUCUAUAUUAACGGGAGAUUUAUUGAUUAUAUGUGCUCAGGUCAUAACCGCGAUUCAAAUGGUGGUGGAAGAAAAGUUUGUAGCAGGACAAAAUAUUCCUGCGUUACAAGCAGUUGGAUGGGAAGGUGUAUUCGGAUUCAUUAGUAUAUGCAUCAUUAUGAUUCCUCUUAAUUUUAUACACGCUUCGCCUCCGUUCGCUGACAAUUCCCAGGGUACUCUUGAAGCUACUAAAGAUGCAUUAAUUCAGAUUGGAAACAGUGGUCAUCUGUUGAUGGCAAUAAUUGGUAUAUCGUUCAGCAUUGCUUUCUUCAAUUUUGCCGGUAUUAGUGUUACUAAAGAAAUAAGUGCUACUACAAGAAUGAUAUUAGAUAGUGUCCGAACUAUUUUUAUAUGGGGUUUCUCUUUAAUAGUUGGAUGGCAAAUUUUCCAUUAUUUACAGCUAAUUGGAUUUACCAUUCUUCUGAUUGGAAUGUCAUGCUACAACAACAUCGUUAUUCCACAAUUAGUAAGGAAAUGUAGAUAUUAUUUAUGUCGUCAUAGACCACCACCAAAUGACCGCGUACGAAUUAUAAAUACUGCAGCAGACGAUGUUCCAGAAACUCAAUGUGUAUUUUAACUAAGACAUAUUUGGAUAUAUAACUAAUAUCGUGAUAUUGAGAACUAUUAUUCGUUUCUCUAAAGAACGGUCAAGCCUGUGAUCUUAAUAAUUUGUGAAAUACAUUUAGCUCUCUUCGAUUCAAAAAUUGAUUAUUGCAUUUUAAUAAGAUACCAAAAGUAAUUAAGUGGAAUUUUGAUCGAUCUAGUGAUCGUUACAUAAAAACAUCAUCAAUCAAUGAGAUUCAUUUGAUUCAGUUUUAAAAUGUACUAUCGAUUCAGCUUAGGAUAAAUUUUUAAAUUAUAAUGGUACAUAUUAACAGGCCUGGACUUAUGGGCUUAUUCGUAAUCAACUAUAAUAUUACGAGUCAUUGCAAAGAUUAGAAAGUUGGGCAUUUUCUUUUCUAUUCUCGGCUUAAAGACGUUUGCCACACUAUUAUAGCACGUGGCCACUGUUUUCUUUUUUCUUUAUUGAAAGCAUUGGCUCGUCAUAUGGCCUGGUCUUCAAAUUUUGUACAGUCCAGGUAUUAUAAAUAAAAUAAGAGUAUUUUAUAUCUAUACAUUUAAAUGUAUUUUAUUACUAUGGGAGAAAUCUGUUAAUAGGUAUUAACGUAAAAAAAUAAAUUAAUUACUUCAUAAUAUCUUUGCUACUUUUUUUUUUCUUUUUUAUCCCAUGUUUAUUCAAAAAUGGAAUUUGACCUAAUUGCUAAUACGCAGUGAAUGUUUAAAGUUAAUCUUUGUUUUUGAUCGUCUUUUUCUUUUUAUUCGAUAAAAAUUCCAAUGCUUUCCUACGAAAUAAGUAUGUCUUAUUAAUUGUUCAUAAUCAGUCAAUUGUUAAGUUACGAAAUAUCAAUGAAGCUAAAUAAAAGGGGAGUCAUGUUUCAA